AUGAACCACAACGCUAACCCUCAAACUCCAAAAGGGCGUGCCAACUAUACCACUGAAGAGAAUGCCGACUUGGAAAAAUUUAUAAUACAAAAAAGGAGAGAAGGGUGGGCCUUGCGCGGCAACCUCGUAUAUAUGGAAUAUCAUAGCGAACGCCACUCUUGGCAAUCUAUUAGAGAUCAUGCAAUAAACUUUAUAUUACCAAAGUUGUCUCUACAUCCUGUUGGCGCGAACGUGACGAGUGAAAGAACGAGUGUCGAAAGCACGCCAAUGGAAAAUAGUGCCGAUAAUACGUCUUCUCCUGUAAUUAGCACUAUUGACAAAUCUCAAGGACCGGGAAGUGCUCAAAACGCUUCUAUAUUACAAAUAAUCGAUAGCCGUGAACUGAGGGAGCAAAGUAAUGUCACACCAAUUCAAUCUGGAUCAGGCGGUGCUUGUAGUACUCCUAUAAAGCAAAUACGAGGUAGCAGCAAUUUGCGAGAGGAAAGUAGCUCUAGCGUCACACCAACACGUCCUGUUGACAACAACUCUAGGGAACAGAAUAAUAAUUCUAGCACUUCAAGACAAUCAUCUGUUACUCUUACAUCUGAAAAUGAUGACGAUGACGAUGACAGACAAUCUAUUGCAAAUGAAAGCGAUGAAAAUAAUCAAAUUUGGAAUGUACCUCCAAAAGCGAUACUUACUAAGAAUGAAUUCAAAAAUUUUCGCGAUUAUCUUAUUUCUCAAAGAAACGCAGGCGAAGGAUUAUACGGAAGUCUAAUAUAUAGACUUUAUCCAGGAUUGCAUGCUCAAUCCUGGAAUUAUCUACGAACAUAUGCUAUAAAGCAUAUUAUUCCAAAAUUAUCUGAUGAUACAAACAAAGAUGGGCUCGAAGUCAAAAGAUCAAAAACGACAUACAGUAAGCCUGGUGCCAAUUCGAGUGAUGAUAUUUAUGAAAAUGACUACGAAGACGAUAUAAUUAAUAUCGGUCAAAUCCAAGAUUAUGAGAAUUCGGUUUCGUCUUAUGAAGAUAGCGAUGCUCAAACUCUAGUUUCAUUUGCAACAAUUGUCGAAGGAGAUUCACCCUCUCCGGAACGAGUCAAAUGUCAUUUUAUGGCUAAUCACGAUGCUGGUGAUUAUUAUCCUGAUGGAAGUGUAAAGACAUCACGGAGAAAUAAAAAUAAAAUUAAUAAUCAAUCACAGGCUGUGAAUAAAGGAAAAAAGGCUGUUACUUUUAACUUUAGUCGAUCAAAUCAAACCACAGAUAACACAAGCGUCUCAUCAUCUGAUUUUAUGCCAUUUUUACGACCCAACGACGAUAAUAACGAGUCAUCAGAAAUAGAAAAAAUUACGACUCCUGCGAGUCGAGCAGUUUUACAAAAUAAUAAACAAUUGUCUCCAGGAAUUCAGAUAGCCUCCUCAAAUCCACCAUAUCGAAAUCAGAAUCGUAGCAUUGCUUCCUCGUCAAGAUCUACGUCUUCCAUUUUGUCUAUGGAAAUAGAUAGCGGAGAUUUUCCUUUAAGUGAAGAAACAAUGGAACAAUUUUGCGAAUCUCCUACUAUCGAUCAUCUAAGUAGACAAUACUCGAGAGAUAGCACUUUGAAUACUCCACUCGCUACACCUCGGUAUCAUUCGCAAACUCGGACAUUUAAUCAAAUCCCAUCAUCUAAAGCGUUAGGAAAAAGGCCUGCUCCGUCCACAAUUACUACAGAUAAUCGCGCUACUGACCACAAUAGUCCAAGGAAUAAGCGGAAAUUCUCAUCAAUCAAAAAUUUUGAUUCCUCCGACCUUGAAAAAAUUUCCAAUAGCAAAUACGGGACACAGCUCCUCGCGGAACAAGACUUUUUCAUUGAUCUUGAGUCAAUCGCUACUGAAUUCUCAGUUGAUCGUAAAGAAGUCAUGCGAAUUGCGCACAUGACUGGCUGCAAUUUUCAAAUGAUCAGAGAAUAUUUUCGAAACGGCAGAAAUAUUCCUGGCGAUAAGAAAGAAUAUUUUUGGUCAACUAAUGAAGAUAUGGAGCUUCUGAGAUCAAAAAAUCAUCAGUCCAUUUCAACAAUCAAAACUAAUCACGGUACGAAAUUGUUCUGGGAAAGAUCGGAAUAUGUUAGCAGAUACUAUGCUCGAGAUGCUUUUCUAUGA